AUGAAGAGCACAUUCAAGGAAGAAAGGAUUAAGGACGACUCCAAGCGUCGCGACCUGUUUGUAUUCGUGAGGCAAACCAUGUGUAUAGCGGCCAUGUAUCCCUUCGGUUACUACGUGAAUGGAUCUGGAGUCCUGGCCGUUCUGGUGCGAUUCUGUGACUUGACCUACGAGCUCUUUAACUACUUCGUUUCGGUACACAUAGCUGGCCUGUACAUCUGCACCAUCUACAUCAACUAUGGGCAAGGCGAUUUGGACUUCUUCGUGAACUGUUUGAUACAAACCAUUAUUUAUCUGUGGACAAUAGCGAUGAAACUCUACUUUCGGAGGUUCAGACCUGGUUUGUUGAAUACCAUUCUGUCCAACAUCAAUGAUGAGUACGAGACACGUUCGGCUGUGGGAUUCAGUUUCGUCACAAUGGCGGGAUCCUAUCGGAUGUCCAAGCUAUGGAUCAAAACCUAUGUGUAUUGCUGCUACAUAGGCACCAUUUUCUGGCUGGCUCUUCCCAUUGCCUACCGGGAUAGGAGUCUUCCUCUUGCCUGCUGGUAUCCCUUUGACUAUACACAACCCGGUGUCUAUGAGGUAGUGUUCCUUCUCCAGGCGAUGGGACAGAUCCAAGUGGCCGCAUCCUUUGCCUCCUCCAGUGGCCUGCAUAUGGUGCUUUGUGUGCUGAUAUCAGGGCAGUACGAUGUCCUCUUUUGCAGUCUCAAGAAUGUAUUAGCCAGCAGCUAUGUCCUUAUGGGAGCCAAUAUGACGGAACUGAAUCAAUUGCAGGCUGAGCAAUCUGCGGCCGAUGUCGAGCCAGGUCAGUAUGCUUACUCCGUGGAGGAGGAGACACCUUUGCAAGAACUUCUAAAAGUUGGGAGCUCAAUGGACUUCUCCUCCGCAUUCAGGCUGUCUUUUGUGCGGUGCAUUCAGCACCAUCGAUACAUAGUGGCGGCACUGAAGAAAAUUGAGAGUUUCUACAGUCCCAUAUGGUUCGUGAAGAUUGGCGAAGUCACCUUUCUUAUGUGCCUGGUAGCCUUCGUCUCCACGAAGAGCACCGCGGCCAACUCAUUCAUGCGAAUGGUCUCCUUGGGCCAGUACCUGCUCUUAGUUCUCUACGAGCUGUUCAUCAUCUGCUACUUCGCGGACAUCGUUUUUCAGAACAGCCAGCGGUGCGGUGAAGCCCUCUGGCGAAGUCCUUGGCAGCGACAUUUGAAGGAUGUUCGCAGUGAUUACAUGUUCUUUAUGCUGAAUUCCCGCAGGCAGUUCCAACUUACGGCCGGAAAAAUAAGCAAUCUAAACGUGGAUCGUUUCAGAGGGACUAUUACUACUGCCUUCUCGUUUCUCACCUUGCUGCAAAAGAUGGAUGCACGAGAAUAA